AUGUCGUACAACCCUCCUCCUGGACCCCCACCUCAGCAGGACGGCGGGCCUUUUGCCAACCCGGGCGGCUACGGAGGCUACAACCAGCAGUAUGAUCAGAACCAGCAGUAUCAGCACUAUGGCGGUUACAACCAGGGUCAAGGUGGAUACCAGCAGGACCAAGAGGCCCAGAGCAAUGGGCCAUUUUCAGAAAAACCCAAUAAUUCAGAAAACUUCGAUGAUGCCUUCAAGGUGCAGAAACCAAAGUUCAACGACUGGCCCUUUGCCUUGUUCUUCCUAGCUACUGUGUGUGGGUUCAUUGCAGUCGCUGUGAUCACCGUGAGAGCGUUGAAGGACACAUGGCUGUUCCAGGGCGGCUCUAUCUACGAUAAUAACAAUACGUUCACCUUGAACACAAACACAGUGAUUAUGUUCGCCUUUUCCAUUGUCAUUGCCGUGGUGCUCUCGGUGUUGAUGAUUGUGAUUGCUCGUUUACAAGCGAGAUGGUUCAUUAUCUUGGGACUCAUCAUGAACGUUGUUUUGGGAAUUGGUACAGCCAUCUUCUACUUUGUCGAGCGCUACUGGUCGGCUGCCAUUGUGUUCUUGUUGUUCUCUCUUAUUUCGGCCUGGUGUUACUGGAGCGCUCGUCACAGAAUCCCUUUCUCAGCUACAGUGUUGGAGAUCUCCAUUGACGUCAUGACAAGGUAUAAGUCGUCGUUGGUGGUUGCCUUCUUUGGUACCGUCAUCAGUGGAGCUUUCAGCGCCUUGUUUUCGGUGGUGAUUGUUGCUACUUACGUCAAGUUCAACCCUACCGAGGGCAACCCUGGUUGUGAUGUCAGCGGCGGUAACUGUUCCAACGCAAAGGUCAUUGGUGUCUUGGUAUUUGUAUUCUUUGCCGGAUACUACAUUUCUGAGGUGAUCAAGAAUGUCAUUCACGUCACCAUCGUUGGUAUUUAUGGCACAUGGUACUAUUUGGCCCUGUCGGAUCAGGGAGAGCCAAAAUGGCCAGCACUCGGUGCUUUGAAGAGAGCCUUGACUUACUGCUUUGGCUCCAUUUGUUUUGGCUCCCUCACCGUUGCCCUUCUUCAAUUGCUCAGAGCGUUUAUUGAAAUUCUCAAGAGCAACGCUUUUGCCAGUGGCGACAACUGCGCUGGAUGUGGCUAUCUUAUCUUGGACUUCUUCAUUGGCUUUAUUGAAUGGGCUUUCCGCUACUUCAACCACUAUGCCUACGUCUAUGUUGGCUUGUACGGAAAGAGCUUCUUGAAAUCGGCUCGUGAGACGGUUGACUUGCUCAGAAAUAAGGGUAUGGACGCUUUGAUCAAUGACUGUUUCAUCAACACCUCAUUGAACUUCUGGGCCAUGUUCACCGGUUAUGUGGCCGCCUUAUUCACUUUCCUCUACUUGAAGUUCACCAGUCCCGCAUACAACAGCGACGGAGCUUACUACGCCCCAAUGGUCGCUUUUACUUUCUUGGUCAGUGGACAGAUCACUCGUGUGUCGCUUGUGGUUCUCGAGUCUGGUGUGUCUACCUUCUUUGUUGCCUUGGCCAAGGACCCUGAGGUGUUCCAGAUGACGAAUAGGAACAGAUUCGACGAGAUCUUCCGCAACUACCCACAGGUGUUGGAAAAGCUUACAGCUAAUCACUAA